CCAGAAUCCACCAGGUUCCAGAUUCUGAUGAGCACGCUGAGGUCGGCGCGGAGGGGCCUCUGGGAAAGGGCAACGCGCAAGCGCAGUUCAGCUCCCGGCUGCAGACUCCAGCUCAUUGUGUUCUGACUGCGAUGUGGCGCUUGCAAUCUCUCGCCGCCGGCAGAGGCUCCUCGAAGAGCGACACGGGGGUGACCAGGCACGGUGGUCAAAGCCGCAGAGGGAGAGCGGGAGCGGUCGUGAGGUCGUCUGGGGAGAAGGGCGGAGGCAAAGCCGAGGAGGUGCGGUUGUGGUCCCUUCUGGAGGACGCUGAUCCAAUGCCCCAAACUUCCCGGAAUGUGUGUAGACCCUUCUAGCCUGAGGAGUUCUGCAGGUGUGAAGCUCCACAUCUGCCUCCAUAGCACUUUGCCUGUCCCUAAGAGGGCUCAUCGGAGAAGAAGAAUGGCUGUCAGCCACCUGCCAACCGUGGGCCAGGAAUCGGUGACCUUCAAGGAUGUGGCUGUACUCUUCACCCAGGAAGAGUGGGGGCAGCUGAGCCCAGCCCAGAGGGCCCUGUACAGGGACGUGAUGCUAGAGAACUACAGCAACCUGGUCUCACUGGGACUCUUAGGACCCAAACCAGAUAUGUUUUCCCAGCUAGAAAAAAGGGAAGUGUGGAUGCCAGAGGAUACCCCUGGAGGCUUCUGUCUUGACUGGACGACCCAGCCUGCCAGUAAGAAAUCUACUCUCAAGGUGGCGAUUCCUGAAGAAGAAUUGGGCCAAUGGACAAUAAAGGAAAGAUUCAGCAGCAGCAGUCACUGGAAGCGUGCUAGCCUGCUGGAGUGGCAGUGUGGAGGCCAGGAGAUAAGUCUGCAGCGAGCGGUGCUCACUCACCCCAGCACCCCAUCUGGGAUUGGUGAACAGGAAUGGGAUGAAUCUGGCAGCACUAUGAGCUCAUCUCUUCACAGUGCUCAAAGUCAGGGAUUCCAGCCUCGCAAAAAUGCCUUUGAGUGUAGUGAGUGUGGGAAAGUCUUCUCUAAGAGUUCAACUCUUAAUAAACAUCAGAAAAUUCAUACUGAAAAAAUCCCAAAUCAGAAAAUUCAUGUUAAAGAGAAAAGAUAUGAAUGUAGAGAAUGUGGGAAAGCCUUUCACCAGAGUACGCACCUUAUCCAUCACCAAAGAAUUCACACUGGCGAGAAACCCUAUGAAUGUAAGGAAUGUGGCAAGGCCUUCUCAGUGAGCUCCUCACUUACGUACCAUCAGAAAAUUCAUACUGGAGAGAAGCCUUUUGAAUGCAACUUAUGUGGGAAAGCUUUUAUCCGAAAUAUACACCUUGCCCAUCAUCACAGAAUACACACUGGAGAGAAACCUUUUAAAUGUAACAUUUGUGAAAAAGCCUUUGUGUGCAGGGCACAUCUUACCAAACACCAGAAUAUCCAUAGUGGAGAGAAACCCUAUAAAUGCAAUGAAUGUGGAAAAGCCUUUAAUCAGAGCACAAGUUUUCUUCAGCAUCAGAGAAUCCACACUGGAGAGAAACCCUUUGAAUGUAAUGAAUGUGGGAAGGCCUUCAGGGUGAACUCUUCCCUUACUGAACAUCAGAGAAUUCAUACUGGAGAGAAACCUUACAAAUGUAAUGAAUGUGGGAAAGCUUUCAGGGAUAAUUCGUCCUUUGCACGACAUCGGAAAAUUCACACUGGAGAGAAACCAUACAGAUGUGGCUUGUGUGAGAAAGCCUUCAGGGAUCAAUCAGCACUAGCCCAGCAUCAGAGGAUUCAUACCGGGGAGAAGCCUUAUGCAUGCAACAUAUGCGAAAAAGCCUUCAGUGACCAUUCAGCCCUCACCCAACACAAGAGAAUUCAUACCAGAGAAAAACCUUACAAAUGUAAAAUCUGUGGGAAAGCCUUUAUCCGAAGCACCCACCUUACUCAACAUCAGAGGAUUCACACAGGAGAGAAACCCUACAAAUGUAACAAAUGUGGGAAAGCGUUUAACCAGACUGCAAACCUCAUUCAGCAUCAGAGACAUCAUAUUGGAGAAAAGUGACAUGAGUGCAGUUUGUCUGGAAGACCUUU